AUGCAGCGUGCAGUGGCACUGGAUUGGCCACGCGCAACUGCGGUAUUGGCGAAAUCUUGCGCAGAUCACAAGCUGGGUAUUAUUUCGACCCCUCAAUCCAUCGAGGAUCUGUGCCAAAUUGCCCUUCUGCCCGAAUAUACCCUUUUUGUACUCCAUGCGUUCAAGCCGCUCUUUCUUGAGGUUCAGGCGCUGUGGGUGCUUGGGGAAUUCUCGUCCGAUACCACGAAUGUGUUCCAUGCCUUAGCAUCUACUGUUUCUGUAUACCCGCAGAGCAAUGCUCUCGUAGAACACUUUUUGAUUCGAUAUUCAGAUUCGCUGUUGGACCCCGAGAGCCCCAGCGAGACCAUUUUAUUAGCAUUCUACCGCAUCCUCAGUCAUGACAGAGCGAGAUACAAGGAGUACAUCUCUCCUGAUAAGCUUUACAGGUGCAUGAACUCCGAUGUCGUUGCAAUUCGGGGGCUUGCAGUCGUGCUUUUGGCGAUCUAUACUGAGGCCUCGGAAAAAACCCGACGAGACUGGCUCCAACAAUACCUGGGAUCUGAGCCUGAUAGUAUAAAGUUUCUUGCUUUAGAGGAAGCACGCCGCAUAUCUGCCGAUUCGAAGUUUUUGGCCACUUCCCCGGUCUACACCAAAACCAUGGACCUUCCGGCUUCUAAUAUUGUUGCCAACAUUGGUGGCACGCUUAUCCCGAAAAUUGAUGCAUUGCCGUCUCGUCCGUGUGACUUUGUAGCUACAGAGGGCGCAGUAGCCACAGUAACCCGAAUUGCUUCGGGGCUCCUGGAAAAUAAGCCUGUACUUCUCGUUGGACCGGCAGGAUCGGGCAAGACGUUUUAUGUCGACUGUCUUGCAUCUCAACUGAGGCCUUCUGAAGACAUUGUUCGUAUUCAUCUUGGUGAUCAGACCGAUGCAAAGUCCUUGAUAGGCACUUACACAACCGGUGAGAAGCCUGGUGUGUUCGAGUGGAAACCAGGCAUUCUGACUGUUGCAGUCACAAAGGGCCGGUGGGUCCUGAUCGAGGAUCUCGAUCGAGCCCCAACUGACGUUAUUUCUAUUUUGCUACCCCUCAUGGAAAAGCGUGAACUCAUGGUAUCCUCGCGAAACCAAACAUUCCGAGCCAAGGCAGGCUUCCAAAUUUUUGCUACUGUUACAGCAGAUGAUCCUGAUCGCCCCUUAGAAUUUAUUGGCCAGCGUCUUUGGCAUAAAGUUGUUGUUGAGCCUCCCUCAACGACUGAGUUCGAGUCAAUUUUGGUUAGCAGGUUCCCACGAGUUGCCCCGCUUGCUGCAAAGUUCAUUGAAACGUAUCAUGCAAGCCGAACAAUCUUUGCGAACCGAAUGACACAAGAUCGCCAGCUCACAAGCCGAGAUCUAUUCAAAUGGUGUCAACGUGUAGAGACACUUCUAGAACGCGCUGUCCCUAGCGGAAAUGCAUCGACGGAAGUCCCCAUUUCCGUUUUCGAUGACAUUUUUAGAGAAGCUGUCUGCUGCUUUGCAUCAUUUUUACCGGAACCCGCAACUAUUAGAACUAUGGCUGAGCUCAUUGGUGAACACCUCGAAGUUCCCAGCUCAAAAAUUGGCCCCCUUCUUGAUCGUCAUCUUCCUAGCAUACACGAGGAAGCUGAUGCUGUACAGAUUGGUCGAGCAACCCUCCCCAAGCGGCCCAUCAGCGAAACAACCCGCCGUGAUUUGCUUCUUGCUCGCCAGAAUUUUGCAUUAACGAACCACAGUCUCCGUCUGCUUGAGCAAAUUGCCGUAGCCGCUUCCCAACAGGAGCCUCUACUACUCGUUGGUGAGACAGGUACUGGUAAGACCACCAUUGUUCAGUAUAUGGCUAAUCUGGCCAACAGAAAACUAAUUGCCGUUAAUAUUUCGCAGCAAAUGGAGACAGGCGAUUUGGUAGGCGGUUUCAAGCCUGUCGAUGCCAAACAACUCGCUGGUGAACUUUUAGAAGAAUUCGACGAGCUUUUUGACCAGUCGUUCUCGCGAACAAAAAACCAGCAGUUUUGUGAUGUUCUUGGUCGUGCAAUUGCUAAGUCGCAAUGGCCGAAUAUUGUGAAGCUGUGGCGAGAGGCACAUCGUAUGGUGAGACAACAGCAGUCUACCGCCACAGAGCCUGCUAAAAAGAAGAGAAAGUUGAAUGCUCAGACAUUAAAUGAUUGGGCAAUGUUUAUGCGCAAAGUUGAGGAUUUCGAUCAAAAGUUGAAAGAGCUGAACAAAGCAGCCCUUUUCAAAUUUAUUGAAGGAUUACUUGUAAAGGCAGUCAGAAAGGGCCAAUGGAUUCUUCUUGAUGAGAUCAAUUUGGCCCCGCCGGAUACUCUCGAGGGUAUUGCCGAUCUGCUUGUUUCACCACCCUCCAUCACCCUCCUUGAAAAAGGCGAUGAUGAUGCCGUUGUUAAAGCCCAUCCGGAAUUCAGACUAUUCGCAUGCAUGAACCCCGCGACAGAUGUUGGUAAGAGAGAACUGCCUCCUGCAUUACGAUCUCGUUUCACGGAAAUUUAUGUCGACACACCUGACAGAGAUAUCGAUGACCUGCGUUUUAUCAUCGACAAGUAUAUUGCUCGAUUCAAACUCUCCGACCAGCAUGUUGUUAAUGAUGUCGCUGAACUUUUCCUAAAAGCUAAAAAGCUUGCAUCUGACAAUCAAUUGGUAGAUGGUGCUGGGCAGCGGCCACAUUUCUCAAUUCGUACUCUUUCAAGAACUUUAGUCUACGCAACUAAUAUCGCCCGGACGUACGGGUUGAGACGUGCAUUAUACGAAGGAUUUUGCAUGAGUUUCCUCACGUUGCUCGACAAACCAAGUUCUGCUUUGCUUGAACCCAUUAUCAGACAGCACACAAUUGAUCGUUUGGGCAAUACAAAGUCAGUUUUAGCAACCUUACCUUCUGCACCAGCCGAUGAUUUCGAAUACGUUCAGUUCAAACAUUAUUGGUUGCGCCGUGGGUCCUUUGAGCCAGAAGAAGAUGAUCGCUACAUUAUUACGCCGUCUGUUGAACACAACUUAUUGAAUCUUGUUCGUGCCACUGCUACCAAAAACUUCCCCGUGCUAAUCCAAGGUCCCACAUCGAGUGGUAAGACUAGUAUGAUCAACUAUUUGGCGAAGCGCACAGGUCACAAGUUUGUGCGUAUCAACAAUCACGAGCAUACUGACCUUCAAGAGUAUCUUGGUAGUUACGCUUCUGAUGAGCAGGGUAAUCUUGUAUUUCGUGAGGGAGUACUUGUUGAGGCAGUUCGAAAGGGCUACUGGAUUGUUCUAGACGAGCUGAACUUGGCACCCACCGAUGUCUUGGAAGCUCUGAAUCGUCUCUUGGACGACAAUAGAGAACUUCUAAUCCCAGAGACACAGGAAAUUAUCAAACCUCACCCAGAUUUCAUGCUUUUUGCUACUCAAAAUCCACCUGGUCUUUAUGCUGGUCGUAAAAUAUUGUCUCGUGCUUUCAGAAAUCGAUUUUUAGAGCUACACUUUGACGACAUCCCCCAAGAUGAGCUAGAACAGAUUCUGAAAGACCGUUGUCAGAUCGCACCUUCUUAUGCCAAGAAAAUUGUCGACGCUUACAGAGAGUUGGCAAGGCAGCGCCAGUCUACUCGUGUUUUCGAGCAGAAGAAUAGUUUCGCCACAUUGCGCGAUUUAUUCCGUUGGGCAAUGCGGCCUGCUGUCGGAUACGAGCAGUUGGCAUUGAACGGGUAUUUACUGUUAGCCGAACGCGUGAGAAAUACAUCUGAAAAGCGAAUCGUCAAAGAGACGCUAGAGAAAGUUAUGCGUGUCAAGCUCGAGAUUGACUAUAAUGCUGUGGCCCCAGCAGACAUAAUGGCACAAUCUACUGAAGUUGUGUGGACUUCUGCUAUGAAGCGCUUAUUAGUUCUUGUUCUGGAAGCAAUGAAGCAAAACGAACCGAUUUUGCUUGUCGGUGAAACUGGUUGUGGCAAGACCACAAUUUUCCAACUCUUGUCCACAGUUUUUGGACGCAAGCUGCAUAUUGUAAAUGCUCAUCAAAAUACUGAAACUGGUGAUAUCAUCGGUGCUCAACGCCCAUUGAGAAAUCGAACAGAUAUUGUUCAUAAUCUUGAGAACGCCCUUCGAACUCUUUAUGGUGACAAAACGUCAAGUUUGAAUAGUUUGAAACAAUGCUUUCAAACUGAUAGUGGGCUCUCGCCUGAGGAGAGGCAGUCAGUCCAACCCUUGCUCGAUAGAAGCGAGGUUCUAUUUGAAUGGGCUGAUGGCUCGCUGGUCACUGCAAUGAAAGAGGGGAGCUUUUUAUUGAUAGAUGAGAUCUCCUUGGCAGAUGAUAGUGUGCUUGAACGGUUAAAUUCAGUGCUCGAGCCUGAACGUGGUCUUUUACUUCCUGAAAAAGGAGGCACCGAUAUCCAUCUCACCGCAGCGAACAAUUUCCAGUUUUUUGCAACAAUGAACCCAGGAGGAGACUACGGAAAGAAAGAGCUUUCACCAGCUUUGCGAAACCGAUUCACAGAGAUUUGGGUACCUUCAAUGGACAACUUUGACGAUGUAGAACUCAUUGUUCAGCAAAAACUUUUGGCUCCAGUCCAGCAGUACGCAAAAUCUAUUGUAGAGUUUUCUCAUUGGUUUGCUGUUUUCUACGGUAAUGGAGACGCUACCUCAGGUGUGAUCUCGUUGCGUGAUAUUCUUUGCUGGACUCAGUUCAUCAACUCGAUGCCACAGGCAGGUGUGUUCAGUGUGUUCCAUGGAGGAUGUAUGGUUUUUGUUGACUCAAUCGGUAGCAAUGCCCUAGCUCACCUGGCUCAAAGCUCUGAUCUACUCUAUGAACACCGUUUACGAGCUGUACAAAAGCUUGCUCAGGUAGUCCAAGCUCCACAAGCGUAUGUUGAUGCUUAUUUUGGAACUGUAAGUGUUUCAGAGGGAUCUAACGGGGUUAAUAUUGGUGAUUUCUUGUUGCCUAAAAAGGCUAGCACGGUUGCCAAAGAACCUUUCAGCUUGUCUGCUCCCACAACUGCUAUGAAUGCAAUGAGGGUAGUUCGUGCGCUGGUUGUGAACAAACCAAUCCUUCUUGAAGGCUCUCCUGGUGUAGGGAAAACCAGUCUUGUUAGCGCUCUUUCCGCAUUAUCAGGCAACAAGCUUGUCCGUAUCAACCUGAGCGAACAAACUGACCUAAUUGAUCUUUUCGGCUCCGACUCACCUGCAGAGGGUGAAAAUGCUGGUGAGUUUGUAUGGAGGGACGCCCCAUUCUUACGUGCAAUGCAGGUAGGUGAGUGGGUGCUCCUUGAUGAAAUGAAUUUAGCAUCUCAAGCGGUCCUCGAAGGCUUGAACUCAUGUCUCGAUCAUCGAGGUGAGGCAUAUAUCCCUGAGUUGGACAGAACUUUCAAGUGUCAUCCCGAGUUCAAAGUAUUUGCUGCUCAAAAUCCCCAAUAUCAGGGAGGUGGACGUAAAGGCCUGCCUAAAUCAUUUGUCAAUCGCUUUUCUGUUGUUUAUGUUGAUGUUCUAUCAUUGGAAGAUCUGAGAAUUAUUUCAAAGCAUCUUUACCCCAAUGUAAACGUGGAAACUGGCGAAAAGAUGGUCGAUUUCAUUCAAAAUCUUGACCAUGAAGUGUCGGUCAAUCGUUCCUUUGGUGUAACUGGUGGACCCUACGAGUUCAACUUGCGUGACACAAUGAGGUGGUUUUCAAUGGUUUCUGAGACUGCGUUGCAGCCAAAGGACUUUUUUGAUAUCAUUGUCCGUGAUCGGUUCCGUACUGCUGAGGACAGGAGUGCUGCAACUGCACUUUUCGUAGAGCAUUUCAGUGAGUCUCCAGAACGAACAUUGCCAAUCGAUAUAACACCGGACGUGGUGAUUGCUGGUCACUCCAUCUUUGAGCGCAAUGCUACUAUUGGACAUUAUUUCUCAAGCUCUGUGGGACAUUUACAGUGCAACACUAGACUUAUGGAAACGGCAAUUACUUGUAUUAAACAUUCUUGGCCACUUAUAUUGUGUGGCCCAACGGAUUCAGGUAAAACUUCUUUCCUCAGGUACUUGGGAUUCGUCUGUGGAGCCACAACCAAAGAAUUUUCCAUGAGCGCUGAUAUUGACAGCACCGAUCUGCUCGGUGAGUUUGAUCAAAUACAGGAGGAUCAGCAGCUUGAUAGAAUCUGGAAUGAAAUCGACGAGUACAUUUCUCAAGGCAUUGGAUGUAUUGGUAGCGAUGAGAUUGCUUUGCUCGAAGCCUCUGUGGCAAGAAAUUUAGACAGUGCACUACGACUUUUACCCAAUGCAACUCGAGUACACCGUCUUGUCGAUGAGUUCCGCACAUCAGAUUUUUCCAAACCGCGCUUCAAGUGGUUUGACGGUGCACUAGUGCAGGCAGUUGAGAAGGGCUAUUGGCUGAUUCUUGACAAUGCUAAUCUUUGCUCGCCAUCUGUCCUUGACCGCCUCAACUCGCUUUUGGAACCAAAUGGGAUGCUUCUAGUCAAUGAAUGCGCAGAUGCCAAUGGCGAGCCUAGAAAAGUUGUUCCACAUCCCAACUUUAGACUUUUCUUGACAGUGAACCCGAAGUAUGGUGAGCUGUCGCGGGCUAUGCGAAACCGUGGUAUUGAGAUAUAUAUUGACGCGUUAAGCAUUCGUGCAACUCAUUUCGAUCGCAAGGUGCUGGGAAUUUCUCAACUAGUCGAAGACGAACCAUUGUCAAUGUCUCUCGAAACACUCAACUUGUCAACUGAAGCACCAGUUAGUUCCAAGCUUCAAAUCACUGAUACACUUGUCCGCUCUGUUGCUUUGUACGAUGAUUUUAGCGACCGAGAUAGCUGGUUAGCGUCCUCAUUUGUGUCUGAAUGGUCUCAAAGCUUGGUAUCUGCUGAUCUCUCGCUUCCUUUCAGACUGAAGGACUUUGAGCCACUUCACGGGUUAGUUCGUCAAAAUGCCACUGGUCCGGUUGAGCUUGCCCCUCUUAACCCACUGAAUGGUAGCUUGGUAUACAAACUGAAAACAUUUGUGCUAAUGUAUCAAGUACGCAGUGCAAUCAACCUUGCGAUCGAGAGAAGCAAGUCCAUCGCGGAGAAAGAAAUGAACCUCCUAGAGCUUUCGAUUCAUAGCCGCACAAAAGACACAAUCCACUGUGUUGAUGUGUAUGGUUUUGUUUCUCGCAUGACUGGCGUAGAUUUGCUAUCAGUGAAACCUGAGCUUUUGGAGCUUUUGAGUGAUUUCUUAGGGUUCAUUUCCCGUGUUGAUUGUGAUAUUAGCAAGAUCCCUAUUUAUCGUGAUAUUUUUGAGGAGAUUUCAGAGAAUGAUUCUUAUAUCAUGAAUGUCAUUCAUCACCUAGGAGCGCAUUAUGACUUUUCCAACGGCGGUAUGUCAAUGGAAGCUAUCUGGAAAGAUUUUGCAACUGGAGGUUUCGGUUCUCAGGAUCUUUGGUUGAGCUAUCAUAAAAUCUUGUCUGUGGCAAAAGAAUUUGAUGACUCUGCAUCGCAUUUUUCACCAGAUAAUGUGAACCAGAUUGUGGAGGUUCGAAAGGCUCUAAGUACACUUCUUGUUGAUGUUCACAAAGCACCAGUUCCUGAAGAUAUUCUAUUGAAUGUGACGGAGGGUGUCGCUAGUAUCAAAGCAUCGUUAAAGCUUUCAAAAGGACACGAAGCGCAGUUUGUAACACUCUUCGGGGACUUGAAAAAUUUACUUGAGACUGCAUACCUGGCUGAUCCGAAGCCGCCGUUGCUCGAUACCCUAGCGCUGUUAUCCUACUAUUCGGCUUCUUCAACUGCUCAGUUGGCUAAGUUUUAUGAAAGACCAGCUAUACUCCCGGACAUUUGCACUUAUCCAGUAGACAUUCGUCAGACUGUCGUUAGUGCUCUGAGGUACUGUGCUUCGAUUCCUUCCAGCCAUUAUGAGACUGCAAUGAGCGAGCUAAGUACGUUCAAUCGGAUUCUACUUCAAAACUCACAACUUCUUGAUAUAUCGUUGAAUAUGUCCCAAUUCCUUCAUCAGCUUGUUUGCUCGCUUUCAGGAUCUGUGGAUGUCGAUCAAUUUGAAAAGACUCUUCAGUUGUUGGAGCAGGGUGAUCUCGCAUCCGCUUGGAUUGAAUUUUCAAGUCAAAUUAUUUAUCUGUAUGUUCCAAGGUCUGUCUUUGAUCCAGCUAUUCGUCAACACGUGAGAUACGAGCACUAUACACGACGCCGCAGCCAAUACUCUCAAGAACUGGAUUUCUGGCAAAGAAUGAGGAGCGUAUUUGUUGGCGAUGACCUUUGUGGUGUAGACAAACAGUUGCUACAGCAAUUAGUUGGGCUACAAUCCGAGCCUGUGCCUUCGGUCUUCAGACCUAAGCAGUCCCAAAUUGUAGCAUUGUAUCAUGAGAUCAAUGCAGCCUUACCUAUGCUUCAGCCUUCUCAUGUUGUGAAGCUAAACUAUGAACAGCUUGAGGUUUGGAAUGGAAACAUAUUCCGUUUCUUAGAUCGCCUUGAGCAGUUUUCCGGAUACCAGGAUCUCAUCAGUGUUCUUCGUGGUGCUGUAAUUGGCUUGCAAUUUGGACUCAACUUGAAACUUGCUCCAACAUCUAAGUCGACCCUAUAUUGGAUCCUGGAUGCGAAUGUUGUGGCAGAUCCUCAAAAGUUUUUGGAUGCAAGUAAGAGGUAUAUGAGCAACGGAAGGGCGCUCCCUCAAAACAUUGCUCUUCACUUUUUGAAACUAUGCAACCUACAUGCCUAUCAGUAUGUUGCACCAGUUAUCGAAGCUGUUUUGAGGCAGUUCUAUCAUCAGUAUGCCAUUGACAAAAUGAGGGAAGAGAAGGCGAGAGAGCAGAGUGAUACUAUUUACAAACCGCUAGAUGAGGAUGAUGAAGCAGAGAAAGAUUUCCAGCGGCUAUUCCCUGACUAUGAGGGCGAGGUUUCUGAUGAAAAAUCUGAUCCUGAUUUACAGGUAGAGUUGUCCGAAGUUUACAAUCAAAUCUUCUCUGAUCACCAUUCUGAUAUCGCUAGUAUGGCCAUUCAAUCUCUUGAGCUUCUAAGUCAAGAAGAGAAUAACUCACUUAACUCAACAAAAUUGGCACUACCUUCUCUUUUCUUGGGACUGGUUGAUAAAGUCAAUCGUUCAAUGAGUUCUGAAGCAUUCAAUUUCUACACCGAGCCAUGCUAUAAAGAAGCCAAGGUUGCUAUCGCCCUAAUGAAAAAGGUCUUCACAAGAACAUCUAACUUUUUAGAGCGGUGGCCGGAACAUGACACGUUGUUAAUCAUUGCCAAUGCCUGUAAAGAACUCGCGAACUUUGCUGUUUCGGCUCCAUUGGCGCGCUAUCUCGCCAAGGUAGAGCAAAUACAUCAUUAUUUGAACGAGUGGCAAAGAUUUGCCAGCAAGGAUGUGGCUGUUCUUGAUUUUAUUGACGAGGUUGGCAAUUUGAUUGUUUCAUGGCGCCGCAUAGAGCUUUCUACUUGGCCAUCGCUGUUUCAAUAUGAGCUCAAGGUGAACUCUCAAGCGGCGUCUCGCUUCUGGUUCCACUUGUAUGAAAAUCUUAUUAGCAACCCAAUUCGCUUGGGGAAAGAAGCACUAGAUCUCACUGAAAUUGUCAAAUUACUGGUUCUGUUCAUUUCAGACUCUUCAUUUGGUCAGUUCCGGUAUCGAAUGGGAAUGCUGAAAAGCGUAAAGACACAUUUAGCGCUGCUGAGUUCAGACUAUCCUUUCCUGAAUGAUGUGCAAAAUGUUAUCGAAAACGUACUGAGUUAUUAUGAACGCUUCGCAGGCCUUAUAUCGGACCAUAUUGCAUCAAAAGAAAAGGCUUUGAGAAAAGAAAUUGAAGAGGUGAUUCUUCUAGCAAGUUGGAGAGACGUUAAUGUUCUGGCUUUGAAACAGAGUGCUCAAAGGUCGCACCGUGCACUAUACAAGGUCGUGCGAAAAUAUCGAGAUUUUGUAUCACAAAAGGUUUCCAACCUUGUCGAAGAGGCGCCAACACUUUCGCCUCCUCCUCGGCAGCUAGGUAGCCGGUCUCCUUAUCGCACUGACUUCAUUCUUCAUCUUGAUUCUCUCGCAAAUAGCGAGGAAACCGUCCAUCUUUGGGCCACUCGCCCCCGCCAUUUACUGGAUAUCAAGCGACGUACUGAUACUAUGCAGAAUUGGACCGAUAAAGUUUGGGAUGUGAAAAUUGAAAACCUAAGCGUGAUUGCAGAAGAAACGAGUCAAGCCGCAGAGAAACUCCGUCAGGAAACCCCUGCCGAACUCACUGAAGAGAACAAAAAGUUCUGUCUCGGCUUGCGAAACGAAAAAAUGCAGCUUCUCAUUUCAGUCUUGAAAGUUUUGAAAGAAUCUGGCCUGCGCAUUAAUGUGCGUGAAGAUACAGCAGCUGCACAGUCUCAGCUGAGCCAAGUGCUUUCACUUACUCCAAGCUUGGCUGGGUAUUCGUUGGACAGAGCCAAUACAUUUUUCUACGGAAUUGUUGAAACAAUGCCUCGUUUGCGGUCUGCUAUUUCGUCCGCUGAGACUGAUGUGCCCGUCGAAAGUCUCAAGCGUGGUCUCGUUUUCGGGGAGAAUCUUUUAGCAAUGAUUUUAAGAUUCAGGAAUAGGUGUGCUGAGGUACUCAGUUCUGACUUUUCGUCCGCCAAAGAAUCACUUCUGCAGCUACAUGGUGUUUUGGAGUCGGGAGAUGAGAUGGUUGUGCUUUCUGAUAGUUCAGAAGCUUAUGCUUAUAUUGAUACUUCCAAGCAUUUAACGAAAUUCGUCUCAUCAGUUUAUCAAGCAGCUGGUAACCCAGAAUCUUUGACGGAUAUCACCAACGCAAUCCGAUCAGUACCACCGCAGAGUAUUCCAACUAUGCAAUGGAUUGAAAAAGUGCGUGGGGUCCAAAAAGCUCUGCGCUUGACAGCAGCUAGACUGGAUGCUCUCUCGGAUGCUGAUCGGCUCGUCGCGCCAGUUGUUUCCUCUGUUGCUAGUAACGAGAUAUCGCUGGAACUCGAAAACCAAUCAUCUGAUAUUACGGCACUUCAUGACAUGGCCGUUCUUGUCUGUAACUCUAUUUUGGUUGCAGUUCAAUCCGUUUACAAAGUUAGCCAGGAGGAGAUCCCUGAAGAUGGGUGGUUUACUGCAGGCCAAGUCAUCCUUGAAAAAAUGGGCAUGUCUUUACAUGGCAGUACUAUUUUGAACGAGGUUCAAAGGUUUAUCACUAUGGCUGCUACAUUUGUUUCCAGUCGUGUUGCUUCUUCUUAUACUGGUGUCGUUCUCGCUUUCCUAGAGGGUUAUUUAGCUCUUAAGGAAGCUGUUGAGGACAAACUUGCUGCUCAUUUGACUGACACCAGUAAGGCCGCUUUCCAGCUUUUGCGAUUGCUCUCUUCAAUGUCCACCCAGGGCUUUUGCUCUCCGCAAGAACCUCAAAAGACUGAGGAUGAGGAUACAUCGAAAAUGGAAGAUGGCACUGGAUUGGGAGACGGUGCAGGCGCACAAACUACCGCCAACAAUGACGAGCAGGAUGAUGAUCUCACGGAGCAUGCUCAAACCGAGAACAAAGAGAAGGAAGACAAUGGCCCUCGGGAUGAAGACGAGGAAGACAAUGCAAUCGAGAUGGAAGGCGAUAUGGCCGGAGAACUCGAAGAUGCAGACACUAAAUCCGACGAUGAGGAAGAUGAUAGCAAAGAUAAUGAGAAUGAAGAUAUGGAUGACGAAGUUGGAGACAUUGAUGAUCUUGAUCCCAACGCCAUAGAUGAAAAAAUGUGGGACGACCAGAAAGAGGAUGAUGAUCUCAAAGAGAAACAAACGGAUGAUGUCAAAGGACAAUCUGACGAUUUGGAGGCACGCGAUGAGGAAAGUGAACAGAAGGAUCCGCGUGAAAACGAAAGCAAGGACGGGAACAACGAUGGCGAUGAUGCCAGUAAUGCCAGUGAUGCUAGUGAUGAGGAAGAUGUUGGUGAGCAAGAUGACCACGUUGAACAAAAUCAUGAUGAGCUCGAGCAAAAUGUCGAUGAAGGAGAUGCUUUAGACCUGCCAGAGGAUAUGAACCUCGACGGCGCAGAAGGUGAAGAAGAAGAAAAUGGAGAUGACGAUGUCAUGCCAGACCUACCCGAGGAAGAAGCUGAUGGAGGAUCUGACGAUGGUGCCAACAUGCAAGAUGAAGCAGAGCUCGAUAACGAUGGUGAAGCUCAAGAAUCAGACAUCGAUGCAGAUGCUGAGCCGGAGGAGGGCGAGGAAGCUGAGGUCGACGAAAACGAGAACUCCAACUCAGACGCUGAAGGAGAGCCGGAAGAUGACGUUGAAGCUCAACCAGAAGUUGAAGAGGAGGCCGCUAACAUGGAGCAAAAUGAUGGCGGUGAGGGUAUGGAGAUCGACACUGAAGGGUUACAUGGCCAAGAGGACAACGCUGAGGCAGAUGCACAGCAGUCAACCUUGACGGAGCAACAGUCAGAACAAACCGGUCAAGGCGCGAAUACUGAAACCAAAGACGAGCAGGAGAACUUUGAUUCUGGUGCUACAUCAGCGGUUGUUGCUGAUAUGGAUCAGAACAAAUCUGAAGAGCAAGAUCAGGCGAUGAAAGAUGCAACUGAAUCUCUCAAAGAGCUUGGAGAUGCUAUGAAAGAGUAUCAUCGUCGUCGCCAAGAGAUUCAGGAGCGCAGUGAACGCUCAGAUGAACCCCAGCCGGAGUCUGCAAAUGUCGAUGCCGACGAGGUAGAACAUGUUGUGGCUGAGGAUCAGUUUGAUACUCAGGCUCUUGGGCGCUCUAACCACAACGAGCGCCAAGAUGUUGAUGACUCCAUGGCCGUAGACGACGAAGACGAGGUUGAAGAAGAUCAAGGCGAGGAACUGAAGCCUCAAAAUGACGCUGAACCUAGUGGUGGCGCGGGGGCUAACUUAGCGACGGAUGAUGAAAUGGAGCUUGGUGAGAAUGAAAUUGGCGCUGCCGGUUCAAAACUACGUGAACAUGAAGACGAUGAGGAAAUCGAAGAGCUCAAGAAAGUUGUUGUGAGAUCCGAGGCUGAAGAGCGCGAGCUUAAUGAAGCGCGCGAACUCUGGCGUCAGUACGACCUCAAGACUCAGGAUCUGUCAUUGAUCUUAUCAGAACAGCUCCGUCUCAUUCUCGAGCCUACCUUAGCCACUAAGCUUCGUGGUGACUACAAGACGGGUAAACGGCUGAACAUGAAGCGAAUCAUUCCUUACAUUGCAUCGCAGUUCAAGAAGGACAAGAUCUGGCUCCGACGCACCAAACCUAGUCAACGUCAAUACCAAGUCAUGCUCUCUCUGGACGACUCCAAAUCCAUGGCGGAACCUCAGGUUCUUGAUCUUGCUUUCCAGUCUAUUGCCCUUGUUUCGAAAGCGCUCUCUCAAAUUGAAGCUGGCCAGUUGUCAAUUGUUCGGUUCGGUGAGGAUACUGAAGUGGUGCAUGCUUUCGAUAAGCCCUUCAAUUCCGAAGCCGGCGCUCAAUCAUUGCGACAUUUCACAUUCAACCAAGACAGAACCGAUGUCAACCGCUUGCUUAGCCGCUCAUUGGACAUUUUUGCAGAGGCUCGCCCUUCAAAUGAGAAUUGGCAGCUUGAGAUCAUUAUUUCAGAUGGCAUUUGCGAAGAUCAUGAGAACCUGCGUCGCCUUGUUCGACGUGCCCAUAACAACCAUGUUAUGGUAGUGUUUAUCGUUCUUGACGCUCUAAAUAAGGAUGGGUCUAUUCUUGAAAUGUCCCAAGUCAAUUACUCUCAAGAUGAAAACGGCAACAUGUCCCUCCAGGUCGAACGCUACAUGGAUAAAUUCCCGUUCGAGUACUAUGUUCUUGUGCGCGACAUUGCCGGUCUACCUGCAAUUUUGGCAUCUGUUCUCAGACAGUAUCUUCAAGCUGUCGACCAUUAA